AUGGAGAACAAGGCCAUGUACCUGCACUCGGUGAGCGACCGUGACACCAACUCCCUCCUUGACGAGCCCUUUGACGGCAGGUGCCUGUCCAAGCUGAACCUGUGUGAUGAUGGCUCGUGCCCCAAACGGCAGCCCGGUGGCUGCUGCACCCAGCUAGGCUCCCCGUCGGCCCUGAAACAUGCUGUGCUAGGCCUCUACCUGCUCGUCUUCCUCCUCCUCGUGGGCAUCUUCAUCCUGGCAGUGCCCAAGGCCCGGAGCUCUCCCGAGGACCUGAAGGCGCUGACGGUGCAGGUGAACCGGCUGAACGCGAGCUUGCGGGAGCUGCAGCAGCGGCUGCUGGCGGCGCCGUUGCCGGCCGAGCUGGAGGAGCAACUGUGGACGACGCAGGAGGCUCUGCAGAACCAGACGGACUCGCUGCAGGCGCUGGCCGGGACGGUGCGGCGGCUGGAGGAGGCGCUGGGCACGCUGCGGGCGCAGGGCGCGCGGGCCGAGCAGGCGCUGGGGAUGCUGCAGGAGCGCACGGGCCAGCAGAGCGACGCGGCGCAGCUGGAGCGCUACCAGCUGCAGGCGGACAGCAACCGGAGCCAGUUGCUCCUGAGGCGCCACGCCGGCCUCUUGGACACCCUGGCGCGCCGCGUCGGGGGCCUGGGCGACGAGCUGGCCGACAUGGGCGGCGCCCUGCGCGGCCUCAACCACAGCCUGGCCUACGACGUGGCGCUGCAGGCUACGCGGCUGCAGGACCUGCGCGUGCUGGUGGUCAACGCCAGCCUGGACACGCGACGCCUGCGCCUCGGCCACCUGGGCCUGGAGCGGCAGCUGCAGCAGGAGCUGGCACUGCUGAAUACGGUGACCGAGGACCUGCGCCUCAAGGACUGGGAGCACUCCCUGGCGCUGCGGAACCUGACGCUCGCCAAAGGACCACCUGGCCCCAAAGGCGACCCGGGAAAUGAAGGCAAGGAGGGCGAGCCCGGCCUGCCAGGUCUACCCGGGCUUCAAGGUCUGCCCGGAGAGAGAGGAGCCCCAGGACCUCGGGGUCUGAAGGGGGAUGAUGGGAAGCUGGGAGCCCCUGGACCAAUGGGCAUCCGUGGGUUCAAAGGGGACCGAGGCCCUAAAGGAGAGAAGGGAGAGCGGGGAGAUGGAACCGCUACUGCUGAUGGGGCCGUGGAGGCGCUGCGGAUACGCUUGGUGAAUGGCUCUGGCCCCCACGAGGGUCGCGUCGAGGUCUUCCACAACCAGCGCUGGGGUACCGUGUGUGACGAUGGCUGGGACCGCAAGGACGGUGACGUGGUCUGUCGCAUGCUGGGCUUCCCGGGCGUACAGGAGGUCUACCGCACAGCACGCUUCGGCCAAGGCAGUGGCCGGAUCUGGAUGGAUGAUGUGGCUUGCAAGGGCAUCGAGGACACACUCUUCCGCUGCAGCUUCUCCAAAUGGGGGGUGACCAACUGUGGCCAUGCUGAGGAUGCAGGGGUGACAUGCCUGAGAGUCUGAGGGUGGGCGACGCCUGUCCACGUCCCCCACUCCAGGACCCCCUCCUGCCACUGAGACCCCACCUGGGACCUGCUGCCUUGUCGUCCUGGUUGGCAUCUAUAAGGGCGAGUCUGGAUCCCCUCCUGGCCCAUUCCCAGGUCACACGUCCUACCCCACAGGGGCUCUGUUUCAGACCCCUCCUGCCCCCGUGCCCACAGGGGACUCUGGCUGAGACUAAUAAGGCACAGCCCAGCUGGCUUCCUUGCCCCCUUGGUUCAUUUAUUUUGUUUCUAGUCACACCUGGCAGUGCUUAGGGGUUACUCCUGGCUCUGCAUUCACAAAUUACUCCUAAC